AUGGCAGUGAACAGCAACUCAGUCGCUGACGAGAUCGCCUCAACCGUGGCCGAACUUAAACAAGUGGAGGAGGACCUCCGGCAGCGCAGAGAGAACAUUAUCAAAUACCAUGCAGAUUUUGAGGAAAUCUCCCAACUGCCACCUUGGGAAGUCAAAGACCGUCUCCUUGAGCUAAAGUUGGAACAAAUACAGGGCACUAAAACGCGAAUUGCGCAACUCGAGUAUUCCAAACGUUCUCUAGAGGAAAUAGAGCGGUUGCUGAGAAUCAAACUUCGUGAUCUAUAA